UGUUGCUCAAAAUUAUGGCUAAUCCUAUCGCCUCGUGUCUUUGGUUUUUUCUCAUCCUAAUUCUUUUACUGCCAUCAACAAUGGCUGAGUCAGAUAGUUAUAUUAUCCAUAUGGACACAUCAGCCAUGCCGAAAGCUUUUUCUAGCCCUCAUUCUUGGUACUUGGCUACUCUUGCUUCUGUAUUAGACAGUUCAAGUGCUGGAAGCAAAAACACCCUUGCUUCCUCUAAACUAAUCUAUUCUUAUACGAAUGCUAUGCAUGGUUUCAGUGCUAGUCUUUCUCCUUCCGAGUACAAAGCCAUCAAGAAUUCUCCAGGCUAUGUUUCUUCGACGGAGGACAGGACAGUUAAAAUUCACACGACCCACUCAUCCCAUUUCCUUGGCCUAAACUCAAUGUUUGGUACAUGGCCAAAGUCAAACUAUGGCAAAGAUGUUAUCAUUGGUGUAGUUGAUACAGGGGUUUGGCCGGAGAGUAAAAGUUUUGAUGAUGAUGGGAUGAGCCAAGUUCCAUCAAGGUGGAAAGGAAUAUGUCAAACUGGCACUCAGUUUAAUUCUUCAUUGUGCAACAAGAAACUCAUCGGAGCUCGUUACUUCAACAAAGGACUACUUUCUAAAGUGAAAAAUCUUACCAUCAUGAUAAAUUCUGCCCGUGAUACAGAGGGGCAUGGAACUCAUACUUCAUCUACAGCUGCUGGGAGUCAUGUAAAGGGUGCGUCUUAUUUUGGCUAUGCCCCUGGUUUUGCUAUAGGCGUCGCACCAAUGGCUCAUGUGGCUGUGUACAAGGCUCUCUGGGAUGGAGCCGGCACCAUCUCUGAUAUUCUUGCUGCAUUGGAUCAGGCAAUUGCGGAUGGUUGUGAUGUCUUAUCCUUGUCAUUUGGCGCAGUUUCUCCAUUCCCUCUAUAUAUAGAUCCUAUCUCCAUUGCUUCAUUUUCUGCAAUGGAGAAAGGCAUAUUUGUUUCCGUUUCAGCUGGAAAUGAAGGGCCUUUCGAUCAAUCUUUGAGCAAUGAGGCACCUUGGUUUCUCUCUGUUGCUGCUAGCACAGUUGACCGUGACGUUAUCAGGAUAUUAACUCUUGGUAAUGGAGUUUCAGUCACUGGUUUAUCUCUCUACCCUGGGAAUUCUACAAGUGAUAUUUCUGUUAUUCUUGUCAAGAAUUGCUUAGAUAAGCAGGAAUUGCAAAAUGUUACAGACAAAUUUGUGGUCUGUAUUGACAAAAAUGCAUUGGUUGGGAAACAGGUUGAAAGUGUGAGACAUUCAAAUGCUGCUGGUGCUAUCUUCAUAACAAAUGACUUUGUCACUGACUUGGACGAAUACCUCAAAACAGAAUUCCCAUCUGUGUUUUUGAAUUUCCAAGAUGGUGAUCAAGUUUUAAAGUAUGUUAACAGCACUUCUUCACCAAAAGCAAGGAUUGGACUUCAAGGGACACUAAUUGGUGUCGAACGAGCACCAGCUGUCGCGCAUUUUAGUUCGAGGGGGCCAUCAACGACCUGCCCGUUUAUCCUCAAACCUGACCUGAUGGCUCCAGGUCACUUAAUACUAGCUUCAUGGUCUCCACUAUCAUCUGUGAGUCGAUAUACUGAACUUCACAAUAUCUUUAACAUUAUAUCUGGCACAUCAAUGUCAUGUCCACACGCUGCCGGUGUAGCUGCACUUGUUAAAGGGGCUCACCCUGAAUGGAGCCCAGCUGCCAUUCGUUCGGCCAUGAUGACUACAGCGGAUGUUCUAGACAACACACAAAGUCCGAUCCAAGACAUUGGUCGUCCAGAGAAUGCUGCUGCCACUCCUCUUGCUAUGGGAGCUGGCCAUAUCAACCCUAAUAAGGCAAUAGAUCCUGGACUCAUCUAUGAUACAACACCACAAGAUUACAUUAAUCUUCUUUGUGCUCUAAAUCUCACAUCCAAGCAGAUAAAAACCAUCACUAGGUCCUCUUAUUCUUGCCCCAACCCAUUAUUGGACCUAAACUAUCCAUCUUUCAUCGCCUAUUUCAACGUGAAUAGCAGCGAGUUGGAUCCUACAAGAGUACAAGAAUUCAAGAGGACAGUGACUAAUGUCGGAGAAGGUGUGUCGGAAUAUACAGCCGAGCUGACUUCAGUGCCUGGACUUAAAGUCAGUGUUGUGCCUGAAAAGUUGGUUUUCAAAGACAAGUAUGAAAAGCAAAGCUACAAGCUGAGGAUAGAAUGUCCAAAACUAAUGAAUGAUUUUCUGGUUCAUGGUUCUUUAAGCUGGGUGGAAAAGGGAGGUAAAUAUGUGGUUAGGAGCCCCAUUGUUGCCACAAAUUCUAAAGUUUGAUCCUUUGUCAGGAUAGCACUGAUUACUGAAUAUUCCACUCAACAUGUCUUUUGAGAACAUGAUAUGUAAUACAUACUUGUGAAGUGUAGUUCUAUUGUUCACAAUAUUAUUGCCCUGUCAGUUCGAAAAAUAAUUUUCAGAUUAAUGGAUUAA